AGUGCAAACCCACCGCUCUGCAAACCGAAAAACGAGGCUGGGGGCAAAAUUAUGUAGCAUUUUUAUUUUUUUUAAAAAAAAGCGAUAAUUAAAAAGAAGAAGAAGAAGGCGGGUAUUGCAUGUUUUUUUAAAUGGGAAACCUGGUGGGCAGCUGGCGUUUCAAGGAGCCGAGCACGAUUGAGGAAUGUGACUCGACGUGGGGAUCGGACUCGGAGAGCGACGAGCCAGCGGCUGAAGAUGAUAGCGGCAUCUCCGACUCCGUCAGCCCGGCGGAGAGCGAGAGGGCCGCGGGGCACGCCGGAGACAGCACACCGCAGCUGACUGACUCCCCGGAGUCUGUUCCAAAGAUGAAGAGGAGUUUCUAUGCCGCCAGGGACCUCUACAAAUACCGGCACAGCUACCCGAACUUCAGAAGGUCCCGGCAGCCCAAUGAGUACCGCAACCUGCGCUUCUACCUGAACAAGAUCCCUCUAGUACCUGAUGGUAUCUACAUAGAAGAGAUUCUCUCUAAGUGGAGAGGCGACUAUGACAAACUGGAGCACAAUCACACCUAUAUUCAGUGGCUGUUCCCAUUACGAGAACAAGGGCUCAACUUCUACGCACAUGAACUGACUCAGGAUGAGAUCAAAGAAUUCCAAAGCACUCGGGAAGCAAAGAGGAGAUUCCUGGCGGCCUAUUCCCUCAUGUUGGACUUCUACGGCGUCAAGCUGCUGGAUAAGAGUGGCAACGUUGCUCGGGCUCCAAACUGGCAGGAGCGCUUCCAGCACCUUAAUGAAUCCCACCACAACUACCUGCGGAUCACUCGCAUCCUGAAGUCCCUGGGUGAGCUCGGCUAUGAGGCCUUUAAGGCCCCGCUGGUUCGCUUCUUCCUGGAGGAGUCGCUGUGCCACAGCACCCUGUCCAACAUGCAGCACAGCAUCCUGGAAUACUUUGUCUACACCAUCCGCCUGCCAGCCACCCGCCGACGCUUGCUCCGCUAUGCCCGCCAACACUACAGGCCUGCCCACGCGUUCCUCUGGGGACCACCACCUAAAAAGCGGGGAGGUGGUGCUGGUGCUGGAGGUAGCGUGGGUGCUGGAAGUAGUGGGAUUAGGGCGCCUGCUCCAACACCAGAGCAACAGAGGAGGGGGAUGGAGAGCACCAUAUCCACAUCUGCAGGUAGUGGAAAUAUUGUGUCUUCCCACAAUGCCACGAUGUGCCAUGAGCUGGCUGAAGGAGGACUGAAGGGCUGCAUGGGACUUGGUCCCAACAUGGAGGGAGCGCUGAUGAUGGUGGGAGCUCGAGCAGAGAGGAAUGAGUUCAAUGAGAUGAUUCCUUUGUAGGGAAAAAGUUUUGAGGGCAGAAAACAAAAUGAACCACUUAAAUUGUAAAGAAAUAAACCUGCUUUGUGGAAGGACACGCAAACCAGGGCAGUAAAACACAGGUACAGAUGUUUGAGCUGUUAAUAAACACAUCAUUAGAAUCUGUUUAGGUUAAGGGCUGACUAUAAUCUCAAACAGUACUUUAUUUAUUGCAAGUGAAUUAUCUUAACUGAAUUUGGGAUUAUAAUCUAAAGCUGGGUUAUUUUUUGUUUGUUUUUUGCUUUUGGUGGGGUUUGUAUCCUGAGCUAAGAUAGCUGAAUCCCAAAAUUAUCUAAACUAGUAGAGAAAGUUUGACAGAAGCCUUAUUUAAUGUUUUGGUCUGGAAUCAUAAAGAUCGUUCUACAAGCAAAGCUCUCUGCUGAAUGUUUGCUGGUGUUGGGAUGGUGAGAUUAUUGAAAUGCUGUAGCUGGAGCUCCACCAAACAACACGCUGGAUUGAGCUCCUUUUGUACAGGGUCUGUACAGCAAAUGUGAAAAGGGAGAUCAGGAAGAAUUUGUCUUAUUUCCAUGUCAUGUAAAAAGCAUAUAAGAGAAGACUAAUUUGUCAGCAAUACUUACAGAUUUUUUUUAACUUGACUGACUUGAAAUUUUCACUUUGUUGUUAAUCUUAGGUGCAGCUCAGUUAUGUAUCCGUGCUGCGAUUUUACUCUCUACAAGUUAAAGGUAGCCAGUUCCGCUGAAAAUUGUACAGAACUAUAUAGCAAAACAUAAAACGUGUUGGUAAGCUGAUAUCUUUAAGAAAUACUUAAGAAAAGAAAGGCUUUAGGUGACAUUAUUACCUGUGAACUCCAAGUGGCAGCUCAGCAGCCCAUUGGAAAACUUGAUAGGUAAUUUUUCAUCAAAGGAAAAAUUUUCUGCAGAAAUUGUGAAAUCUGAAACUGAGCAAUAAAUAUUUAGCUAUAAAACAACCCAGGGCUGCUUAAAGCCAAUUAUCCAAUGGCAGUCACUACACUGACUUAAAUAAUGCACUUUGUAUUUCAGUCUAAAAGAUGAAGGGAAAAUACAAAGUGUGACAGAUAGGUUAGUUGCAGUUUUUUUUCUGGUUUUGUAGGCAAUAAUUCAGAAAAUAUUAUUAAUCCUUCAGCAAAGAGCAGAAAUGCUAGUACCAAUGUUACUGGUAAUUUCCACCAGUUGUCACAAACCGAGCUAAAGAUGGUGUUUGUAUCAGUACUAGCAAAUUGGCAUAAUUAAACUGGUUAAAUUAUGAAUAAAUAAAAAUAUACAAAUCCAAAUAAAUAAAAAUAUAUAUUUCAAAGUAGGCAUUACUGUAAUCACGUUAUAUUAUAAUAUACUAUAGAUAUAUAGAUAUAUAUAUAGAUAUAUAUAUAUACAUAUAUAUAUAUAUAUAUAUAUAUAUAUAUACAUAUAUAUAUAUCAAGUUUCAGUGACGUGUGAAAAACAGCCGUGAGCUAGCUUGGCUGCCACACCUCCACAGUGUGUUAUGCCACCUAAAAGCCUUCUUCUAUUCUUGACUGGAAGUUAUGGAUUGAAGUUAAUGUGAUCAGACUGGUGGUGUGCAGUGUGUUCUCAUAGACAGUAUAAAAGAUGGAUGUAGCUACCAUAGUGUUACCAAAAUGUAUGGAUAUGAGAAGGAGGGGUGGGUCUUGUGAUUAACAAGUUGCUAGCUAAUGAGCAUUUUGUACCACAAAUAAUCUUCCAUUUGGAAAAAAUGUAUGACCAAGAUUUACAACAAUAGAUUUAAUCUUUUUAUUAUUCAGUAACUGAGCCCAUAAACUCAUCGGAUAGGGGUUUAGAAAGGUCAAAACCAAAUAAAAUUUAAAUUCCACGGGUUUCUAUAGGACUGGAAGCCUUUUUGCCUCCACAGCUAUCGCCAUCUGGUGGACUUUAGGUAAAAAGCAGGGUUCGGGCAAAUCCGGAUUGGCUUCAUUUUAAUUCAAAGCUACGUCAGACUUUGAUACUGUCUAUGUGUGUGUUGCACUUUUUGGACAAUCUGUGUCUUCCUGUUAAAAGCGCUGUAGGUUUUAAAAGGUUGUGCAUCAUAGUCAUGAUAUAGUGAUGAUACUGUCUAACCUUGCAAUAAUGUGACUUACUGAAAUGAGAAGUUAAACACCCUUGUUACAAGGGCGUAGAUUUGGUUUUGGCAUUGGUGGGGACGGAUGAUUCAACCACCGAACCCUGCGCUGUUUCUUUUUUUUUUUUUUUCC